CUGAAUCCAGAACAAGGAAUAACACUCGAGGGGGUUUCGAACAGCAUUUUGGAUUUUUUUUUUGUUUUUUUUUAAUUUUCUAUUUUUUUAAAAGAAAAAUGCCUCGAUCUUUCCUCGUUAAGAAGGUGAAAUUGGAUGAUUUCCACUCUUCCUCUGCAGUCUCAGCUUCAGAACAUCACCUUGAUAACGCGUAUGCAAUAACCAAGUCUAUUACAGACUCUGUAGGGAGCUUAGGGCUCCGGGUCACGGAGAACGGGUACAUCCACAGUUAUAUCAGCCCAUCAGUGUACGAGAGCGGAGCGGAGAGGCAGAGUGGUCUCGGGACCCCCGACCCUGUCUAUACCAAAGUCAACGAGGUGUAUGGAGACCCCGAGGGGCUGGAGCCCGACAGCCCGCAGUCGGGGCUCACCACCGGCUACUUCAGCGGGGAGGCGGCGGUCAGCGAGGGCUACAGCAUGGACGCCUUCUUCAUCACGGACGGCCGGUCGAGGAAGCGGCCCGAGAGCGCGCCGCGGGAGCGCGCCCAGCGCCACACCUGCAGCGAGUGCGGCAAGACCUACGCCACCUCGUCCAACCUCAGCCGGCACAAGCAGACCCACCGCAGCCUGGACAGCAAGCUGGCCCGCAAGUGCCCCACCUGCUCCAAGGUCUACGUCUCCAUGCCCGCCCUGGCCAUGCACGUCCUGACCCACGACCUCAAGCACAAGUGCGAGACCUGCGGCAAAGCCUUCAGCCGCCCCUGGCUGCUGCAGGGACACGUCCGGUCCCACACGGGGGAGAAACCCUUCGGCUGCGCCCACUGCGGCAAGGCGUUCGCCGACCGCUCCAACCUGCGGGCUCACAUGCAGACGCAUUCAGCCUUCAAGCAUUUCCGCUGCAAGCGCUGCAACAAGACAUUCGCCCUCAAGUCCUACCUGAACAAGCACUACGAGUCUGCCUGUUUCAAGGGAUCGCAGGAGGGAGAUUCCUGA